UCUUCCGCUUUCACCCUAUGGAAAGAUUUCGUCGGUAGCAGAUUGCGCGGGUACGCUUUUGCAGUGCCAGAGUGAUUUACCUAUUUAUUCUCGAGAUCCCUAUCGACCGGGAAUGGUUUGAGCAGUGACUGGACUCAUCUUUUUCACCAUAAGGGAUGCUCAGAUUAGUACCCCACUCUAGCACACACCAGUCGAAGUGGCACCAUCAGCGAACGAAAACAACAGACGCCAUGUCGGACACGGUAGCUCGGCCUAUUGGGGAGUCGGUGAGCCACGAGCUGGCUCGGAACAACCAGAUGGGGGGAGAAUGCUUCCUGAAGCGCUUUUCACAAUGGUUCUGGUCGGUGUGGAUGAUCGCCGGCUCGGAGACCCACGAUGCCCUGGCGGAUCCCGCAAAUCGCUCUCGGGGCACAAAUUGUGCUUCCAAACCCAACGGCCAUGGCACUACAAGAACCUCUGGAGGUGAAAAUGAUACCGGACUGCAGGAACAGUCCAAGCACAGCCAUCCCUGCAAGGCUUGCCAAACCUGGGGAGCUGUCUGCGAUCAGCAGAAACCGCGAUGCUCGCAUUGCCUGGAUCAGCAGAUCUUGUGCUUUUAUGUGUCGCCCCCUCGGAGGUCAACCAAGCGAUCGACCAAAGCGCGUUCCGCCCACUUGGAGGUCGUAAAUUCCUCGCCAAGUUUACUGGCGAACUGAUUGAACGAAUAACGAAUGAAGAGACUCAAUAUAUACGAAGUUAUUGCUCUUACCACGAUAGAUACCCGAUCGAUAAGGGUGCCUUAGAUAGGAUAGCUUAACGUCUAGUCGUUCCCACACGCGAAGAACUCGAGCAUAAGGCUGACGAAUGAUUGGCACACGCGCGGCGGAGAAUUAGACCUGCUUGCCAGCCAUCCGGUUCGGACACAUGUGGUAUGGCUCGACAUGCGUUUGCCAUCUUCC